UUAACGAUGCACAGUGAUGCUGAAGCCCUGAGCAGUCUCACAGUACAAACGGCUUUCCAAAAAAACCUCUGCGUUAUAUUCACUCUCGUCAUUUUCCGUGGAUUCUCCUGACCCGAAUCUCACACUCUGAGUGGACAUUUAUUAUUUUUUGUCACAGGGAUUUAUUUUCGCGUCUUUCGGCACUUCAGGCACCAGCAGAUUGUGUUUGGUCUCCUUGCGCAGGGUCACUUGGGAGAAGCGACCCGUCUUUACGCACUGGGAAGAUCUGUGGACUGCGGACGCGUUAACGAGGAACGCUUGCGUUUUAUGCGUUUUCCCAACAUUCAAACGGACUGUUGCUGCAAGAACGGCCACGUAACGGUAACAAACAGUCGGCGAAACUCACAACAUGAGCUGCGCAAUGGUGCGACGCGCGCUCGCCGCUGCGCUCCUGGCAUUGCUGUGGGAAGGGCCCACCAGCGCUCAUGCAGCCGAGUUCGGCCACGUGCCCGACAAUAUUACAGUGCUGGAAGGAGAAAGCGUCGUUUUGAGAUGCAAGAUUGAUGAAGAGGUCACUCACAAAGCGUGGUUGAACCGCUCCAACAUCCUCUUUACGGGCACAGAUAAGUGGUCCCUGGACCCUCGCGUCUCCCUGGUCAACAAUAACAACAGUGAAUUCUCCAUUAAGAUCGAAAGAGUGAUGGUGUCAGACGAGGGACCCUACACAUGCAGUUUCCAGGCCAGAAACCAGCCUCGCACAGCUCACGUCUACCUCAUCGUUCAGGUGCCAGCCAAGAUAGUGAACAUCUCAGAGGAUAAAUCUGUCAACGAAGGUGACGACGUGAACCUCUUUUGUCUGGCAGUGGGCAGACCGGAGCCGACCGUAACCUGGAAGAACUUCAAAUAUGGUCUCAUGAGCGAGGGGGAAUUUCUGGAAAUCACUGAGAUCAAACGCCACCAAGCAGAAGAAUUCGAAUGCAUCACCAACAAUGGCGUCGCUCCUCCAGACACCCGGCGUGUCAAGGUCACCGUCAACUACCCACCAGUAAUUACAGAUGUAAAGAAUAUGCCUGCCCAACUGGGGAAAACUGCCAUUUUACGUUGUGAAGCCAUGGCUGUGCCCACAGCUUCGUUUGAAUGGUACAGAGAUGACAGAAGGCCGGUAGAGAGCGAUAACUCGCUGAAGAUAAAGAACGAGAAAACACGUUCCCUGCUGCUUUUCACCAACGUCACAGAAAAACACUUCGGCAACUACACCUGCUUCGCCUCCAACCGGCUCGGCGCUUCCAACGCCAGCAUGUUACUCUUCAUGCCUGGGGCGGUGUACGGCGGAGCGUCAUCUCUUAACACCCGUUUAUCAGGAGCCGGCCUUUGGUUCUGCCUAUCCAUCUCUGUUCUGAUGAAGGUCUAAAACUGUCCUGCCUUUGGAAGGAGUCUUUAAAAACGAACCCAUCACUGUGAACAAAAAGAAAUUAUGCAUUGAUCCAGGAGCCAUCGCUACAGUACAUCUCUCCCGUCAUUCCUUCCUGUUUCCACCCCGCCGCAUAUCACCGCUUCAUUCCCGUUUCCGGCGACGGUCACCUUUUAAUGUCCAAACCCGAUAUGUGAUGCAAGUUAUGAAAAGUUCAACGGUUCGGUGUCUCUUGAAGUGCGUGCUGGACAUGCUGUUUGUACUCCGUGGGUUGUGAAUCUGUGAAGGUAACAGUGCUGACAAUAAUACGGUUACGUUGCUAAAAAUCAGGUGACCCACUAGAAGUGUUUGUGGUGGAUCACCAGCGACCGGUGACUCUCAGAUCCGAGCGCAGAGGUCUGAGCCGAUUGGCGGGGCGUUCUUACACGCGUAGCUACUAUGAAUGAUGUCAAAGCCCAUCUUUUCUUUCUAGCGAGGGGCGUACGUAUCAUCUCGAGCCCUUUAGAGGUCUCGACCCAAGGCGAACAUCAGCACCUUCACUUCAGUCUAUCCGAGAGUCCAUCGAACGGUCCGUCACCCUCGGUGUAAAUAUAUAUGCAGUAGAUGCACCCCAUUUCCCAUCGGGCUCUCUGUUUCAGCAUUUAAGCUUGGAGGAUAUCGCUGCCUUCAAGUCAUGUUGGAACGAUCAUAUUUAUGACACACACCUCAAUGUCGUUGGCUGAUCGUAAAAAGUUGUGAGUGUUGACUGUACAGUAUGUUUCCUUGCAAUUCAUGUACUGUUGAUGAUGAUGAUCAGGCUUGCCGGAAAUACUAAACAUUUUGUCGAUUUAAGAGGCGACCAAACUACGUAUGUGGCUGCUCAUCCGUUACUCUUUAUUUUCACUAUAAACGCUUCCGGUGACCGACAUCGCGUCUUAAUUCUGAUUUCAGACCUCAUGAGUGUGAUCUUACCAUAAAGACUUGAAGGCAGCUGAAGUUUCUGGCGUCUCUUAAGCAGUUCAUCGACUUCCUUGUUGCUUGUGGAUAGCAUGUACCGGUUAGAAAUGUCCCUCUUGUGACCUCACUUCCUGCACCGACCCCCGUUUUAACCCCUGCACUGUGUACAUUUUAAUCUGCAAGGUUAACUGCUAUUACUUUUCGGUGUUAAUAAUGAUGACAAUAAUGAUGAUGAUGAUGAUGAUGUUAAUAAGUAUUUGAAUAAAUAUGAUAGUAAUUCCAUGUGAGAAAAAAAAUGACAGAGCUGAUCGCAAGCCAUGUGUGUGAAAAUAUUUUGUACUAAAAAUCCCAUUCACUGAACGGCAAAAAAAAUCGUUUUGUGCUCUGUUUUAACAUGAUAAACCUUUUUGAAAUGGAAAUAAUUUGACAACGUCCGUAAAGAAAGCAAUCACGGAAAUGUACGGGCACUUACACGCUAGAGAAAGACGGACACGUUUAAUGGAUAGGAAUACAGAAGAUUUUAUGAGGUCAUCCAACAGAAAUUGAUCUCAAGUUUUGGUUACAUACUCGAUCUUAAUAUUCACAAAUGCUGUGUUUAUCCUCUGGAUUCGUCCGCAAUAGGGGUGGGCCAUAAACUGUUAGCUAUAAUAAUGGGUAGAGAUUUCGAGGUUAUGCACCCAAAUCACCUUACUGUGCACGUGGUCACUGAUGUUAAGCCAUUGAAACACAAACAACAGAGCUAAAUGCGCGCGCUGUUUCUGUAUGAGAGUAGCGUGCAAGUUGCGCAUCUGCUGAUCGUUGAGCUCGUGAGCAUUUUUUACACACAUAUGCGUAAAAAAUUCCCAUCUUUGCAAGUAUCCUAGUAAACACGACAAUUUACUGUAGGUCUUAAGAAAACGUAAAAAGCUGAAAAAGAAAACUCAUCCGGAUUUUGGUCUUAAAGGGGAAGUUACCUAAUUUUGCUCCUGUCUGUCAGUCAUGUUACUCAUCUCUUAGGGGCGUGCACACCAAGGCAUUUACUUUGACGUAUGUUUUAAUUGUUUCCAACGGAAGCGUCACGCUUUUCAAAAAUGCCAGCAGCUGGAAGUUUUUCCACGCUCAGCGCUGAGUGUCCAGUAACUUUGGGUGAGAAGUUCAGCUCGACAAUGUCACAUUUCACUCGACUGUCCAAUCACAAUGGAGGAUGGGGGGACAAAUAUCAAAAUAACAAAUAUCAAAAUUGUUUAACUCAUUCCCCGCCAGCCUUUUUUUUGUCAAAGUUGCGCGCCAGCAUUUUUUGUGAUUUUCACAAAAGUUUCACAAAAUGCCUUCCAGGAAAAUUUUCUUCUAAAAAUAUAUUAACAUACAAAUAAAUCAAAUAAAAGAACAGACCCUCUGCUUUCAAACAAACAA